UCAUCCAGUAGCAAAUCCAAACGGAAAAAGAUCAAAUAGACACACACACAAAAAAAAAAAAGAACGAUGAUCAUGAGGCAAAACAGAGUCAUUUCAGCAGCGGCGGCGGUGGUCCUGAUUCUCAUGUCGGCGCUAAUGGCGGCGGCGGCGGCGGAGUCGUCGAAACCGGCCACCAUCGCGACGACGCAGCACUGGCACUGGCCGUGGGGGCCCCGCACGAGGGUGACGAUAAUGAACGAGAUCUCGGGAUGGAGACAGCUGAAAGUGCACUGCAAAUCCGGGAACGACGACCUCCACGUUCAGGUGCUGAAUCCAGGUCAGGGUUAUCGCUUCAAGUUCUGGCCCAACGUCCAAGGGACCACGCUGUUCUAUUGCUACUUCAAUUGGGGGGAAGGGCUCCGCCGGUUCGACAUCUACGAUUUUGACAGGGACUCCAAGCGCUGCAAGACGACGUGCCCGUGGCACAUCAAGGAGACUGGGCCGUGUUUGAUCGCCAAGGAUUUCACGUCUUGCUUUCAGUGGAAAAAAUAAUAAAGCCGGAUAUCUUUUUUUUUUUUAGAAUAAGUUAGUGGGAAUAAGUAGAGGUUGCUAGAGAGUUAUGAGGUGGCCGGGUUAGUCGGAUAUUUCAUGACUCUAUCUUAAUCUCAAUCACGCCCGCGAUUUCUUAUUAUCGUACUUAGGCGAUCUCGUCUGCACGAAACGAUCCAACAAUAUUGCUGAAUCUCCUGAUCAAUCAAUAGGAGGACUAUUUGAACGAAUCCACCCCCAGCCAGAUGUUAAUUGUCGGACUUGUUUCGAUAUGGUCUAUUUAAUAUAAUCACUGGGCGCGC